AUGGCUGAUGUCGAACGGGCAAAGCGUAUACAACACGCUCAUGAAUCAAAUGCCCUAAGCUACGGCCAUUUUGGCACCGCCACCUACGAUGAUCAACUCCACAGCUGGACGUUUCUACGUCAAACUCAAAUCCAAUCCGAGCUUCCUCUGGAAGAUGGGAAUGGGACCGGCCCUGAGUCCAUUCACGAUCCUACCGUUGAGCCGGCGCAUUCCAAUCUGUAUUCUGGCUCUGCAUUUUCCCUUAUCCAGGAGCGACUAUGGGCGGGUGAGCCUGGUCGUUCGAAAGGGCCCGAGGAUGAGUUACGCGUGAGUGAUGCAAUCGAGGAUCAUGCGGCCGGUAUUGGCGGCAAAAUCAUAUCACCAAGGAAGCCAUCCCAUGCUGGGAAGAACACCUUUCUCAAACAAAUCCCUGACGCUGCGCUCGCGGUCUUCCAUUUGCCCACGACGGAUCCCCCCUAUGCUGCGCUGUCUGUAAACAACGGCAACAUUCUGGCUUUUGGCAACGCUAGACUGGCUUCUGAGCAUGGUGCACGGAACAGCCCCCUUCGAUCUAUUGUGGCCUUUGCUGCAGGCCCUGGCGGGGCGAUACUUCGCCUGCUUGGUUUGGAUGCGAGUGAUGUUCCCGUCCGCGACAGUUCCGGAUUGGAGCAGGUCUAUAGUGUUCCCGCCAUUGGACAUCAAGCGCAAGGCUAUUGGGCCAACUCGGCAGAGCCUGUACUACAUGUAUCUUCUUCGGCACACCAACACCGGGCGCAGUUCCUCGUCGUUAAAUCAAGCGGCACCAGCAUUUUACGCCCGCUCAUGGUCGACAACGUGCGUUCAGACACUAGCACAUCAGACAACUCCCGGAAUGGGUCGCACAGUGCUGGGUCGCUACUCCAACCGACCCCGGUGGUGACCGUUCCUACUUCCAGAACCGGAGGCAACCCUCAUGCGCACGCGGCCUUGAACCCUCAAGAUCAGAACUCUUUGGCAGUGGUAGACACCCAUGGAUUAUGGAGCAUUUGGAAACUCAAGGGGACAAGAGCUAGGUCUGCCCGCGUACUCUUUCGGGUGCAACUAGCAUGUUCUAAUGACCUGGCGAAUUCUACGGGCAUGUCUCCUUCCACCAAUGGUCGGCUACACUACGACGGCUGGCAUAGAAUUUGCUGGCUCAAGGGCGAACAAGGCUACAUCGACCGUAUUCUGGUGUGCAACCGACGAUCUGCCGCCGUGUUUGAACGCACAGGUGCUUUGGUCGGCUCAGUGGACAUGCGAUUGGGCCCUUCAUCAGAGGGGAAUGAAAUCCUGGACGUGCAGAACAGCGAUCGGCAAACGGGUCACGUUCUGGUGUUGACUACUUCACGCUUACUGAUCUUUACCUCAUCCGAGGCUAGUUGGAAAGACCAAUCGGGAACUGAGCCAUUGGCUCUUGUUUGUUCGUGGAAUCAUUUCCGAGCACGGGAUGAUUCGUCCUUGCGCAUGAGUUUGUGCGAGUUUCCACGAACGACCUGCGUGCUGGUUUAUUCACGGGCGAGCUAUCUCACCGUCGUAUAUCAGUUCGGACCCGACCGGUCAAACCGGAAUACCGUCUCGUUGCGAGAUCCUUCGAUCUUCGAGAUACCACGGCAGCUUCAAGCACGGAUGAAGGACGUUAACGAGAUUGUUCUCUGUCCCGUCAAGCCCGUUGCCGCCGGCUAUGCACCUACUCAGACUGAUGACGGCUUUCUCAAGCUAGCUGCGUGUUUGACGGAUGGCACCAUCAUCGAAGCGGUGUAUAAGCAUAGAAUGGGAAAGCAAUGGGAGACCUCCGAGGAUGGUCUCAAGCAGACCUUCAGCUUGUCUCUCCCUGAAACCACUGGGAACCGGGUACAAAGUGCCAAAUAUGUCGACGAGGAUGAACUGGAUGAACUGGAUGAUUUUGUUGUGCAUGAUGAAGUUCGCGAACAGCGAAUUACGCAGGAUGGUGGCGCUCUCUCGCAGAGCGACACAGACUCGCCUCUUGACUCGCGCCUUCGAAAUUGGGAGCGCCUGCUCGAGUAUGAAACCUUAUCAGACAGAGCUCAUGCUUCUUACCAUCUUGAGGAUGUACUCUUCGAAGCUGCCCAACGAAUUCAUGCCAUGAGCUUGGAGAACAAGAUUGACCGCAUGUACUUGCUAUCAGAUAUUCUUGGAGCGUAUCAAGUUGCAGACGUGGAGCAGGACUCGGAACUCCUCAAGUCAUGGCUCGAUGAGUUGAGAAACAGUGAAGGCGUCUCGGUUGAGUCGACUACUCCUCAUCUUGGUCUUCUCCCUGGCGCUUCCCAAGACAACUUCCUUGGACUCUAUGACGAGUUGAUUGCAUCUUAUAUGGAGUCAUUCCUAGAAAGAGUCACAGAUCGAAACCGGGUCAACCGGGAGAGACUGGUUCGACAGGCUGCCGCCGAUGCACACAUGAGUAAUGUGGGCUUGAGAAUUGGCAAAUCUGAGCCGGCGAAACCCAAAGCAACCAUCGCAGGGGAGGAGGUAUCGUCGCCGCCCCCGGAGUCGGACCAGGAAGGAGCCUGGUCCUCUCAAGUGUCUGGAUCUCAAAGUCCUCUGGUACAAGAAGAGCCGGCAGUAGCUCGACUGCGAAGAUAUGCGGAGUUUCAAGAGGUGGUACCUUCUUUACAGCUUUCUGAGGAUCCGAAUAUAUCAAGCAUACUAGCACACCUACCGGACUCGAUAGACGAAGAUCCUGCCGAAUACUCGUACCGCCAGGUAACACAACGAUGGAAGCUUGCGCAGGAAGAGAUGGCAACGCAGUCGCUAGACCCGCGAGAGAGACGCAAGGCGGCCAGGCACGCCGCUCGUCUACAGAAAAAGCUGGACAGGACGAUCAAGAUGAGUCAGAAUGCCUUCAUGCAACAAACGGUGCUGCCGAGCAUUGCCACAGGAAGUACCAGUAUUGGGGUGACGCUGCCGGGAAGGGAAGUGCAAAGCAGUCAGAUGGCUGCACCGGAAUCGAGUCAAGCCGCCAGCCAGACCCAGGGGGGUAUCCCUGGACUGAGCAUGACCCAACCUGAAAGAGGAGCCUUUGGAAGGAGGCCUGCGAAAGCGAAGGGAAAGGGGAAGGGGAAGAGCCAGAGAACUGCCGGGUUUUGA